GCGUGCGUUUGCAGGUGUGAGUGUUGGCCGUGGAGUUCAGAAGACAGUCAGCAGUGGGACAGAGCACCAGGAAAAGAGCAGAUCAGAGCUCUACGUGGAGGCCCUGACUGCCAACCAUGGAGCUAAAACACUGAGGGGGGGGAGGGGGGGACCCUCAGGAGACAAAUAAUAACCAAAGAAUUAAAAAAAAAAAAGAAUAAUGGUGGCAGAAGAGGUGAUCAUCACACUGUCUGGUGGAGCACCAUGGGGGUUUCGUCUCCAGGGAGGGGUGGAACAUCAGAAACCACUCCAAGUGGCCAAGGUGCGUAAACGUAGCAAAGCAUGCAGAGCUGGGCUGCGAGAGGGUGAUGAGUUGGUGUCUAUCAACGAACAGCCAUGUGGGUCUCUUUCCCACGCCCAGGCUGUCGACCUCAUCGACAGUUGCUCUGGAAUAUUAAACAUUCGUGUGAAAAGGGCACCUGCUGCUUUUCAGUCUGUAGUACUUGUCACUCGCGCUCCAUCUCCUCGAAUAGACAAAGAGUAUCGAGCUGCACUAAAAGCCAUGUCACCAAACCAAGCCCAUCAUGCACCUGUGCGUGAAGUCCACCGUAGCCGCUCCUCCCUGACCAGUGGUUUGACAUCCCCACCUGGUAGCGAGGCUUAUUACGGGGAGACUGACAGUGAUGCAGAUGUAGCUGGUUAUGAGAGGCAGCGACGCCAGAAACGCAGAAGCCCCAGCAACUCCAACUCUGGAAAACCAGCGGGACGAACAUCUCCAGAAGGUGGGGAGACAUCAGAGAUGAGUGGCUACGACAGCGCUCCAGAUGCACAGAUUUUUUCACGGCCCUUAAAUAGGCGUGGGGGAGAUGGAAAUGAAGGCAACUUACCUGGGGUGGCGAGAAAGGAGGUGAUUUAUCAACCUCCUGGUCCAGGACUGUGGUCCUCUCAGGCAUCCACUGAAACUUCCUCCAUCAUCUCCUCAGCAGAUGACCAGGGCCCACGAGAUGGAGGACAAGAGGAAGAUAGUGGUUUUCUAGAGCCAGCCAAUGUCCCAUUGGUGUCUCCAGAGAGGGCUAAAGAAGCGCUAAUGCUGGGCUCCCGCAGCCAGCUUGUACCUAUGGUGGGUCCACUAAACAAACCUAUAGAUGAAGAACUUACAACAACUUACAUGGAAAAAGCCAAGCAAGCCAAACUAAACAGAGGAGACACACAGCAAGACAAGCAAGUAAAGGAAGCCAAAAGCAAGUGUCGGACAAUUGCAUCUCUACUGACAGAUGCUCCCAAUCCUCACUCUAAAGGGGUGCUGAUGUUCAAGAAGAGAAGGCAGCGUUCCAAGAAGUACACCCUCACCAGCUUUGGCAGUGUUGAUGAGGACAUGUGUCCGGAUUCUCAGGAGGAGGAUGGGAUGAUUCCGGGCAGUGAGUCAGAGUUUGAUGAGGAGGGGUUCUCUGCAGUUCCAGACCCAACUUGGGACAGUGACUACCUGGAAAAGCUGGAGAAGAGGGCAACAGCAGGUGUGGAAGGUCGUGGGGAUGGAGCAGAGGAUCCUUCAAGUCCAGGUUUGAGUGACACUGCUGGAAAGGGUGCCCAGUUGUUUGAGCAGCAGAGAAAACGAGUAGAUGACCAUGCCAAGAAGGUGGCACUACCUACAGAAUCUCAAGAGCAGGUGCAUUCUCAAAUGUAUCCAAUGCAUAACGAGGUACACACACAAAUGCAACCGAAUCAAAGACCUCAGCAGCCAUCACUCGGCCUGACAACAUCACAGCCAACUCAGCCUCAUGCUCCAGCAGCUGAUGCACACCACACAAUGCUUUAUGGGGACCUAUCCCACUCUACAGUUAGCACAGCUAGCAUAGUGAUGUCUCCUCCACCUGUGGCUCCUAAACCAACUACAGCUCCAGCCACUAUUCUGACCAGUCCUGAUCCAUCGGGUGAAACACCUUUGCCUGAACUGCCCGCAAGUAAUGUUCUAAACAGAACAGCACGCCCUUUCACUCCUGGCUUCAUCAGCAUUCGAGCUGCGACUGCUCCUGUAACUUUCCAUCCUGCUGUCAAAAAGAAGGCCCAGCGUCCCGCCUCAACAGCUGCUGUACCCACACCUUUCUCCUCUGCCUCAGAAUUAGCUGUUAAUGCAACAUCUGGAACUUCACAUGUAUCGCCUGGCUCUCCCCAAGUGCUUUCUCCACAAUUCUUCAUGCAUCAAGGUUCAGUGGCCCUGACACCAGAAAUUCCUGUUACUAUUCAUCCUUCAGCCAUGUCUUCCUCUUUUGAGACAAUGCAAACAACACCAGCAAUACAUGGUGUUCAUCAGGCCCCAUUUACAGCUUUCACUCCAAUGUCUGUAGCUUCAGCGCAAAGACCUCCACAAGCACAGAUGGCACCAGCCCCUCUUCCUCCUUUAUCCCAGAUUAGUGGCUCAGCUGAUCCAGCUGCUUCAGUGGCUUUGCAAGUUCCAGCUGCUCAGCCACCAUCAACCCAGUUUUCCGUUCCACAUGUAGCCCAAGUGUCUGCAGUCUCUCAGCCAGAAGCUAUAGCUGCAGCCCCUGUUUCAGGCCCAAACAGCCGAACAGGAAUUUUACUUGAGGCUCGACGACGCGGUGGCAGACCCAAACCUAUGUUCCAUGUACCAGAGGUCAAAAAGAACUCCCCAAAUCCCGAGCUUCUGUCAAUGGUACAGAACAUAGACGAAAGGUCCACCAGACACAAAUUUGGCCAGCCACCUGCCAACGUUAUUUAUGAUGAUGCAGAGGAGAACAGGGGUGGUGAAGGCACAGGAAGGGUUCCUCCUCCGGUUGCACCUAAACCUCGGGUCAUCCACGAAACUCCACAGAUUCUGCAAGCAGGGGGUAAGGGUGCUGAGUUGUUUGCUAAAAGGCAGAGCCGCAUGGGGAAGUACGUAGUGGACACUGCACCAGAGACCCCUUACCAACAGAAUUUGGCCCAGUCACAUGACUUUUCUGAAAGUCAUUCCCACCCCUCUCAAUGGAAAUACUCCUCAAAUGUCCGUGCGCCUCCACCUAUCGGGUACAACCCACUCUUAACCCCCUGUAUUCCUGUAGGACCUCAGAGGGAAACAAAACCUGACAGAAAGGGUGUAGGAGGUGCCCAUAAAGAAGGUAUCAGAGCAGUGGAUUUUAUGAAAAGGCAACCAUACCAGCUCAACUCUGCUAUGUUUCAAUAUGGAGGCAGCGUUGCAAAUCUAUCAGCCAUGCCCUCUUAUCAGGCCCAGCAGGGUAACUACGCAACAACAAUGGUGGGCAGCUCAUUAACCACACCUCGACAGAUCCCUCUCAAAACAGCAAGAGUCUAUGAAAUUAAGCGAUUCUCCACACCCACACCUAUGUCAGCUCCAACUCUGACACCAAAGGUCAUUGCACCUCGCUCAGCAACAACCCUCGGAGAACGCUUGUCUCAUUCCGGCAUGACCUCCCCACCUCCUGCUCUUUUUAAUCCGACUCCUGUCACUCCAGUACCAGUCAGUGCUCCAAAACCAGCAGGGCUACCUAGCCUCCCAAAAUUCUCUGCCAACCCUAUUCCAAACCCUGUACCCCCUUCAGUCCCCAUACCUUACACCCCAGUGUCAUACAGCCCUGGGCUCCAGACAGCCAAGCAAUUUCAGAGCGCUCCUGAGCUCAGCGUCCUCUCAUCUUUGCCGCCACUCAAGCCCAGCCCAGUUCAGGCACCAAAACCACGGUUCGUUGCCACCAAGGGAGGCGCACAGCCCCACGUAUGGAGGCCCGGGGCGUUCUGAACAGCUACAAGGGCUUUAAGGAAAAUGAAUUAAUGUCAACGAAUUGCUUACGUUUAUCACAGUAUUCUAGUUUUCUUUUGAAACAAUUACCUGAAGGGAAAUUGAAGGGUGUUUCAGGUGGCAAAGGAAAGAUUUAGAAGAUUUCAUUAAUUUGGGCCAAUGAGGGUUAGACUAUAAUUGUUGAUAACAAUAACACGAAAAUAACCAUACAGGUAUAAGGCCAAGGGGAGGUACUUACCUUUUAUUCAAACAUCCCAAUCUCUUUUUAUUUAGGAGAAACAUUAGACAGUUAGUUGGCUUAAAAACAAAAAACUUUAAACUCUCAAAUUGACUGAAGUUCUUUUGGUCCUUCUCAAACUCAAAUCAAGUUGUAAUGAUAAACACCCAUCUGUGUGUUCAAAAUACUGUCGAUAGCAUUUGCUGUGCUGCUAACACAUUUAAUUGAGCAGGAGUAUUAAUAAUGUCUAAUCUUUGAGCAAGUAUUUAAAGGUGUGGAAUGCUGAAAAAACAUUUUUAAAAUCUUAUUUCUGAUUAUAAUUAGUCACUCUGAGUUUGUCAUGCAGGCAAAACAUAAAAAUAGUCUCCUACUUCUAUCUCCUGCAUUAGCUUUGGAUAGUAAAUAUAUGGUGAAACGCCAGGACUUGAAAAGCCAGACAGAUCUACGUCACACUGUCACUUAACACCCAACAGGGAAGAUUGCUGUUGUUUUACCGUCCAGGAAACAGAAACGAAUGUCUAGGCUAGUAGAAGCUAACCGUUAGCAUUAGCAACUUCUCAGAGCUCCUGCAGGCUUAUGACAUUUGUGGAGAUGAAAAUCAAUGUUGCAAGUCAGUGUUAGAGUCGCUUUACUCUUGUUCAACCAGGGGAGAGAUGUUCAAAUAUCAGGAAAUAAGACUUCAAAACCUGCUGUCUGAAGCUCAGCUGUGACAUGGCUCACAUCUAGCUUCUGGAAAUUGUGCACCAGUGUUUUUGCCCCCUAAGUACGAAUUACAAGGCAUUCAUUCCUACUAAAGACCACUAUAAAUGUAUGGAUUAAACAAGUGAUCCACACCUUUAAAUAAUUUAUAUCUGUGUCCUUCUUAUUAAAUAAACCACAGUAACUUUGUUUUCUGAGAAAAAAUGUUAAAUGAUAAAUGACCAGAGAAAAAAGUGAAAUUUGAAUGACUACAAAUCUAUUAAUAGUAUCACAUUUUAGUUUUAUCAAUUUGUUCUUUAGCUUAAAACUACUUACAAUGGCUUAGAGACUUAAUUGCCACUUCAUGUAUUUGCUUCCAGAUCUCAGUUAGGCAGUUUUCCUGGUGUGAUUGUAGCAGAUAUAUAUGUACAGUAUUGUCUUUUAUUUAACAGAUAAUCAUAUGAAGGUUGUGCAACUCACUUUGUUUAUGGUGAUUAAAUCUUAAAGGACACAAGAGAAAGUUGGUGCACUUAGACUUUGUGAAAAGGCUCAAGGAAUGAGAUCAGCAGUGGAAAGAGGACUUCUCAGUUGGGUCUUUGGCCCACAUUAAGUUUAACUUCUCACAGCCUGCUGACCUUUUAGACAAUGGCCAGGAAAGUUUGAUUAGAGGACAUCUGUGGUAAAGCUGACGAUGUUGAUGGAAGAGAAUUAGUUUCUCCUAAUUCCCAGUAGUUGCUACUACAAAAAAUAGAAACGUAAAGACAAAUUACCUUGAAAGGUUAGGUAUGUCAAUGGAGGCAAGUAAGGAACACAUAAACAUUUGUGUGUGUGUUUUUUUUUUUUACCUUUUUUUCAUAAUCUUAUGGCUGAAACAACUUUGCCUUUAGUCAUAUUGUGGUGUAAAAUAUGUGGUACAAAUUUCUGGAUACAGUUAGAUUAAAUACUGCUGCAUGGAUGUUUCCACUGACUAUAGUGGAAGACACAUUUUUAGAGCAAUAAAAAUAGAUUUGAAAACUUUUCA